GUCAUUUAUAUAGCUUCAACAGUUUGAAAAACAAAGUACGUUCUUUAUUUAUAACCACUUGUUUAACAUGAGUAUCUUCCCCAGGGGCAAUUAUGACUGGUUCACUGGGCACUAAUCAGGCAUAGCAGUUUGAUCUCGUAACACACUAGCUUAAGGCUUAAGCUCAGUAAGCAACAUGAAGAACCUGCCUAACAGGAUUGUUCGAGUGUCACAAGGAUUCUUGAUUGUAAUCAGUUCAGCACCAACAGGUACAUGCCAGUACGCGUUUCUGUGUAAUAACCCCUCAGAACAUAUAAGGAGCAACACAACAAUCUGUACCCGACAGGACAAAACAAAAUAAGAAAGUCGACACCAUGAGUAUGGACGCAGAAAUCCACAAGGACGCCGCCAGGGAAAUGUGGAAAACUACGAACGGCACUUACGAGAAAGUUCGGCCGACACAUGACCGCGCGGCGGUGCAGUACCUCCUCCGGCAGCUAGGGGUCCUGGACAACGAUCUGUGCGACCAGGGUCCUCCCUUCACUUACACCGUGCUAGACGUCGGAGCCGGAACAGGAAAGUGUACCAGUGUUAUCAAGGAUAUACUGGGGGAGGAUGCCCGCCUGGCCGCCCUGGACCCCGUUGCCGGCAUGCUGGAUCAGUUGAAGGUGGCAGUGCCGGGGGUAGACACCUUCGUCAGCCCGUGUGAGGACAUGCCACUUCCCGAUAACUCGGUCAAGGCUGUGAUCUCGUCCCAGAGUUUCCACUUCAUCGCAAACGUCACGGCCCUCCGUGAGGUUCACCGCGUCCUCGUGCCGGGCGGGAAGUUUGGAAUCCUGUUUUCCGUGGACGAUGAAGCCUCUCCCCUUGUCCACACGGUGUUUGAGGUGAUCCGGAAGUACAAGUACCCCGGCUGUCCGGAGUACUUCAUCAACACGCUGCAGGACGUCAGCUGGCAGGAGUGUUUCACCGAGGCGGGACCGAUCUUCACCCCGCUACAGGAGCACGUCAUGCCGUGGGAGAAACAGGGCAUGUUGCCUGACGUCGAGUCUGUGGUGCAACUCUUCAUGACCUUCAGCGCCACGGCCAGGGAGCCAGAGGUCAGGGAGGAGUGUGCAGAGAGCAUGCGCCAACUGCUGACCGCCAACCCGGCGGUGGAACAAGAUGGCGGCGAGUUGGAGGUGCCCCGCCUGAGUGCCCUGUACUGGUGCACCAAGAACAAGUAGAUACUGCCUAUCGUACUCACAGGGAAUGUGGUAACACAGACACAGCGAGGUGUUUUAGGGACAUUACUAGUGCUAGUGCUAUUAUUUAUAGCUUUCUGUUAUCCAGUAAGCCAGGUUUCUUACGCUUAGAGUCUUCAGUUAGGACCAGAAUAUAGGCCAUUUUCCCACUAGGAUAGAAUGAAAAGGGCCAUAGUCGUGGUGCCAUUAUAGUAACAAAUGGUGUUUGAUUCUGGUGUUAAUCGUGGUGGCUAUAGUAUGUCAUUAAUAUGUUGUUCAUUCCUUUAAAUUUAGUUUUCUUUCGUUUUUAAUUUCAAUGAAAAUAUGAAGUCAAAAUUACUGACUUCAAAUGUCUUACUUUGAUUUGAAGAGGUUGAUUUGAUUUGAUCUUAUUAUAUAAGACUUUUGUUUUAAUUCUUUGAAUAUGUUGUGAAACAUAAUCCCGAUGAAACGUACAAGCUAAAAGCAGAUUAACGCAACUGUUAUAAUCCGUUACAUCAGAAACAUCUGGACCCCAGGCGACGGGUGAUAUAACAGUGACAUAACUGGUUACAUAGAAGUGAUGUAGAAAUAUGGUUCUGAUUCGACACUAACGGUUACUUUUUACAUAAUAUCCAAUAUACAUUUAGUUUAGACGAUGUAGAUGCAGUUUGUAUUACAAUGCAGGUGACAUUAAAUUUAUAUAUCAA